AACUUAUUUGGAGUUUUGGACAUUCACCCUAUUAUGAAGUGUGAAGUGUGUGUGUAUAUAUAUAUAUAUAGAGAGAGAGAGUCCUCUGUUGCAGCUUCAGACAAACCAAAAAUAAACCACUUUCGAUAAUUCUCACACUUCUUACCAAUAAUUAUUCUUAUCAAUGGAUUGGACCAGAGGCCAUACCAUAGGCCACGGCUCCUCCGCCUCCGUCUCUGUUGCCAAAUCACGUUGGUCCGAUGAGGUUUUCGCGGUCAAGUCCAUGGAGCUAUCGAAGUCACAGUUGUUGCAAAAGGAGCAGAAAAUUCUGUCCAAAUUGAGCUCACCUUACAUAGUUAGUUACAAGGGGUACGAUGUUACAAAAGAGAGCAACAAACUAAUGUUUAAUCUUAUGAUGGAGUACAUGUUGGAUGGUACUCUUUCCGAUGAAAUCCGGCGAAAGGAUGGUCGGAUUAAAGAGCCGUUGAUAGGGUAUUACACGAAGCAAAUUCUGCAAGGAUUAGAAUACCUACAUACCAGAGGCAUAGUACACUGUGAUAUAAAGGGACAGAACAUUUUCUUAGGUAAAACCCGUGCCAAAAUUGCUGACUUUGGUUGUGCCAGGUGGAUUGAUCCGGUAGAGAGGGACAGUUGUGCAGAGCCAAUUGGUGGAACGCCGAUGUUUAUGGCACCAGAGGUGGCGCGUGGGGAAGAACAAAGAUGUCCAGCUGAUAUUUGGGCAUUGGGAUGUACUAUCAUUGAAAUGGCAACUGGUGGAUCACCGUGGGCUAAUGUGACAAACGCAGCUUCAUUGCUUUACAGAAUUGCAUUUUCAGGGCAAUCCCCUGAAAUUCCAAAAUUGUUGUCUUUACAAGCAAGGGAUUUCUUGAGCAAGUGCUUGACAAGAGAUUCAAAAGAAAGAUGGACGGCUAAAGAACUCCUCAAACAUCCAUUUCUUGAAGAAUCCAAUUUGAAUUGUAUCGCAAAUCAAGAUUUUGUAACAAGCUCACCAACAAGCAUUCUUGAUCAAGACAUUUGGAAUUCAGUAGAAGAAUCAGAAACUAUGGAUUUUUCAAUACAAACAGUAUGCUCAAUGGACUCUCCUUUUCACAGAGUAAGAGAAUUGGGUUUGAAUUCCGGAGAAUUUAAUUUGAAAUGGGAUGAUGAUGAGAGAUGGAUCACAGUUAGAAGAAGCAGUGAAUAACUCGAAGAGAGGUGAAGAAGGCAAGGUAGCUCAUGGAACAAUGACUCUUGCUGUAAAUUUUGUACUAUACAACAGUGUACAGCUCCAUUAAACAAUUGAAUCCUACAUGAUAUUCAUUA